UUGGCCGGCUGCCGGCCCUUUAAGCAACACGCGCUCCCGCCCCCGGUUUCCACGACGACAAGUUGAGACAAAACUCACUUCCCAGGCUCCCACCACCCGCACCACGACCCCGACUCGACGCGACGCGCCACACGGCCGAGCGGCAACCAUGUUGCGGUCAAGCUGCUCUAAACUGACGGCAAGAAGGGCUGCUAAACUUUAAAAUGGCUGUUUAGCGUCGGAUGUAAAAUGGCUCCACCUGCUUGGCUCUUCCUCCGUGGCCGACUUCGCUUAACGGGACUUACCAACCACUUCAAGCUACUAAACAGCCACUAAAGCGACCAAGUGACGCACGAUACACUCAAAUAACAUGUUCAUGGCGUGGAAAGAAGUAAAAUAACGACUGUUGACUGGAGAAUCAUCAGCACUUCCGGUUCGCCACGACUACUUUGCAGUCUUGCGUGUGUCGUCCGACUUUUUGAGGCGCCGUCGUGUAAGGAAAGUGUGGCGGUGUUCAAAAUGAGCAAAAGUUCGAAAUCCGGCAGCAUGCCUGAAGUUGAAGAACACAUAUCCACGAAAUACGAGAUAAGGAAAAGACUUGGCAAAGGGGCGUAUGGCAUCGUUUGGAAGGCGGUGGACAGGCAAACGGGCGAGAUCGUGGCGGUGAAGAAGAUUUUCGACGCCUUCAGGAACAAGACAGACGCUCAGCGGACCUUUCGAGAAGUCAUGUUCCUGCAGGAAUUUGGCGAUCAUCCCAAUGUGGUCAAACUCCAAAAUGUUAUCCAGGCACAAAAUGACAAAGACAUUUAUCUGAUCUUUGAGUACAUGGACAGCGACCUGCAUGCGGUGAUAAAGAAAGGAACGCUAUUGAAGGACAUUCACAAGCGUUAUGUCAUGUACCAGCUGCUCAAGGCGGUCAAAUAUCUGCAUUCGGGUAACGUCAUCCACCGGGACCAAAAGCCUUCCAACGUGUUGGUGGACUCGGACUGUGUGGUCAAGCUGUGCGACUUUGGCCUGGCCCGAUCCCUCAGCCAGGAUCAAGAGGACAGCGGCAACCCGGCGCUGACGGAGUACGUGGCGACCAGGUGGUACCGGGCUCCCGAGAUCUUGCUGGGGUCUACCAGGUACACAAAGGGCGUGGACAUGUGGAGCCUGGGCUGUAUCCUGGGAGAGAUGUUGCUGGGAAGGGCCUUGUUCCCCGGUACGUCCACCAUCAAUCAGAUCGAGAAGAUCAUGAGUGCCAUACCGCACCCAUGUCCAGAAGAUGUCCUCGCCGUCAAGUCUGAAAUUGGGUCGUCGGUCAUUCAGAGAAUAUUGCAAAGGCCGCAGGUUCUUUUGGAGGACCUCCUGCAGUCGUUGGCGCCCCCCGAUGCCCUGGACCUCCUGAAGGGUUUGCUGGUCUUCAACCCCGACAAGAGGUUGACUGCGGAAAACGCCCUCCAGCAUCCUUAUGUAGCCAGGUUCCACAAUCCGGGCAAGGAGCUAUCUCUCCACUACGACGUUGUUCUGCCGCUGGACGACGACGUGCAGUUAUCGGUGGAGCAGUACCGCAACAAACUCUACGAGAUGAUUCGAGACAGGAAAAGCCAUCAGGGCUUGCUCCGACUCAUCCACCCCAAAGAGGCCGUGACCGGCACGGAUAAACUUGGCCAGAAAGACAGAGGGGACGAAAACCAGGACGCAACGACCAAAAGUCAAAGUCCCCCAAAGGCAGAGAACACAUCACCGCCUCCUCCUGUGGACAAGAUGGCACCUUCAGAGAAUCCCCUCGCGGGCAGAUGCACUUAUAACCCCAUCACACACGCGCCAAAUGGGUUUAUUCAUCCAACCGCAGCUGGCAUGAGAGCAGCAAGACAGAGAAGCGGCAGUGCCACCUCGUCACCAACAGAGGGCGCCACAGCCAACACUUCCAUGGACCAGAUUAUCCAGCGCGGUCGCUCAGCUCCGGCGCACCUCAACCACACCUUCUCACUGACGCUCGCUCAUACUCAGAACAACCCGCUGGUACGCAAGACCGACUCGCCUCCGGGACUGAGCAUCACUAACACUAACCCGAACCACCGCUCGAGCUCUCGGGCCCGUGAUGAGCGACCGGCACCACGCUUCAGCAAAAAGGUCUUCCAGAACAACUGCAAUGUGCCGGCGGCGGGCGACCCCCGCGCCAAGUUGGGCAGCUACUGCCAGGCGUAUGGAACUAUCAGCAAAACGGAGCUGGACAACCUGCUUCAGGCGCGAGCAUACAACCAGUAGCGCGUUGUGCCCUCACCAAGCUAUGAGGUGGAGAUAAAAACAACACAAACAUCGGCGACAUCAAAGAGCUCUUACAUGAAGAGAUUCUGCUUAUUAGCUGUGACAACCAAAUAUACUGGUGUUACUUCAAGGUUCUGCAAGGAAUAAUGUGUGGGAAGACAAUUUCUGAUCGAUGGGCUUUCAUGAAAAAAGAAGAUGGUAUCUGCAUGAGGGGUUUGCGGGAGAAGAGAAGAGAACGUUUAGCCAUUGUUUGUGAAAUGGGAAGAAAAUGUCAGUCUUCUUUUCUGAGAAGAGUAUCAAUUCUGGGCAACGUGUGUUGAGAGGAGAGAAGGCAAUAUCCUGCACCUGAGCAUUUGUCAUUACAGAAGCUCAUAGUUCCUUAUUGUUCUUUUAUGAGAAGAGACGACAAUCCUUGUCAGGGGGCCUUUGUGAGAGGAAAAGACAAUUUCUUGUCAAUGGGCUUCAGUGAGAAGAAAAUAUCUGGGCGUUUUUAGUACGGUACCCAAUUUCUUCUCAAUUUACGUUUGGAAGAAGAGAAGACAAUCUUGCUCAAUGGGGCUUUUGUGAGGAGAGAAGACAAUUGCCACUCCCAAUUUUCUUUCAUGAGAAGCAAAGACUAUUCCUCUUCAAUCCAUCAUGAGAAGUAAAGGCAACCUCUGAUCAAUUGGCAUUUUGAAAACAAUUUUUCAUCAGUUGACUUAUGAGAAGACCUUUUACUGGCUAAGUAAAACUUCAAGAGGGCUCAAUCGCCUGUACUCUUAAUAAAAGCUUUAUGAUGGUGACAGCUUAA